UAUAUACAUUGUAUUAGUGUGCGUAGCUUCGGGAGCGCUCGCCUCGCUCACGAUCAGUUCCGAUUGCGACGCGGUUCCAGUCAGUAGUGUUUUUAGAGUCCACGCAAGAUGUCUUUGCAAAGUACCGCCAGCAAGGACAAUAAACGUCGUAAAAUAGUCGACAGUGAGGGACGAAGUAUGAUAGCCAGCGUGUAUCAUUUCCUUAAAGAAGAGUAUGAUUUUUCGAAAUUAUUUGCCGAGCCUAACUGUGAUUUGUCUCAUUUACAAAAUAUUUCACAACGGACAGCAGAGGCCACAGGCGUUAGUUGCAAAACAGUCCUCCGGAUUUUAAAAGAAGAGAAAGAAAUGCCAAGCACAUCCUCAAAAUUUCCUUCUCCUUUGAAAAGAAAAAAACGAGGUAGCAAGAUAGAAAUCGAUAAUUUUACAGCUGAAGUUGUCCGAAGUACGAUACAAAAUUUCCACGUGCAUAAUGAAAUUCCAACAUUGGCGAAGUUGAAAACAGUAGUAAAUGAAAAAAUUGGAUUUAAUUGCUGCAUCGAAACGCUUCGUAAGUUUUUACUGAAAUUAGGAUACAAGUGGCGCAAAACAGAAACUAAUCGUAAAGUUUUAACGGAACGUCACGACGUACAGAUGGGGCGACUCAAAUAUUUAAAAAAGAUAUCUGAAUAUCGUUCUCAAGGACGACCAAUUGUCUACAACGAAACAAAUAAUUUCCUUAGCACAGGCACUCGUUUUAUAUUCGCGUACGCAGGGACAAAAGAUGGAUUUAUUGAAAAUGCCACAUUGAUUUAUAAAGCCAGAUCAAUAGCUGGUGAUCACAACUCUAAUAAUAUGAGCAAUAACGAUUACAUUAAAUGGCUCAACGAAAAACUUUUACCCAAUGUACCCGAACGCUCUGUCAUUGUCUUAGUCAAUGCUUCCUAUUAUAAGAAAAGGGCUGAAAAACCACCAACACCAGCAACAAAGAAAGCAGAUAUGCAGCAAUGGCUUAGGGACAAGGGCGUACCCUUUGAAGAAUCUUUAUUGAAAUUGGAAUUAUAUGACUUAAUAAAAAAACAAAUAAAUCAAAAUAUUACAUACGAAAUUGAUGAGCUUAUAGAAAGCAAAGGUUUCGAUGUGUUACGUCUCCCCCCGUAUCACCCUGAAUUGAAUGCAGUCGAAAAUAUUUGGGGAAUUGUAAAAAAAUACAUAGCAUUAAAUAGCAACGAGCAAAUGGUGACUGACGCAGAAAGAUUAAUCAAUGAAAGCUUCAACAAAAUUAACAGCGUAACGUGGCAAAACACCUGCAGUCACAUUGAAGAAAUAGAAAAAGCAUACUUAAAAUACUUUGACCUAGAUUUUGAGUUCGCAAUUGAUCUGCAAGAUGAUUCCGAUGAGAGUGAAUCAGAAUCCGAUAAUUAUAUAUCUGACAGUAAUUAAAAAUGUAAAAUUUAGGCUAUAUUUUUCCUGUUUUCGCUAAAUAUAAUUUUGUACCUACA